CGAGCUAUCUGAGUUCCUACUCAAAACCCACCAACCGAGGUUAUAGACAGAGAGGGAGAGAGAGUGUGUCGAUUUAUUCAAUUAUUUUUUAGUUUAAGAAAAGAGUCGAUGAAUCCGCCAUUGUUAUCGAGUUCGGUGGGGUCGAGCUCCUCUAGUUUGUUCGUGCCACUGAAGUUAGGGUUUGUCUGCAACGGAUAUGGAGUCAACGUCCGGCAUCAGCAACGGCGUGGAUUCGUCCCCGGCGUCGUUAGGGCAACCAUUUCUACGGAUCCAUUACUGGUCAAAGCUGCUAGACGGGAACCUGUCAGUAGGCCACCAGCAUGGAUGAUGCGCCAAGCUGGAAGGUACAUGGCUGUCUACAGAAAGCUUGCAGAGAAAUUCCCAUCCUUUAGAGAGAGGUCAGAAACAACUGAUCUCAUUGUAGAAAUAUCCUUGCAGCCAUGGAGGGCCUUCCGUCCAGAUGGUGUCAUACUUUUCUCUGAUAUACUCACUCCUCUUCCUGCAUUCGGGGUGCCAUUUGAUAUUGACGAAGCAAGGGGUCCAAUAAUUCAUAACCCAAUUCACUCAGAAGAGGGGCUUAAGGCAUUGCAUCCUAUUGAGCUGGAAAAGUUACAUUUUGUUGGAGAAUCUCUAAGUAUUUUGCGCAAGGAGGUUGGCGAUGGGGCAGCUGUCCUUGGUUUUGUAGGUGCGCCAUGGACAAUUGCUACAUAUAUUGUUGAAGGAGGCACAACUCGCACAUACAAGACAAUAAAAAGAUUGUGUUACACUGCUCCAAAUGUCUUGAGGGUUCUUCUCUCUCAUCUAACGCGGGCAAUCUCUGAGUAUAUUGUUUUCCAAGUAAAAGCUGGUGCUCAGUGCAUUCAAAUAUUUGAUUCCUGGGGUGGUCAGUUGACGCCUAAUAUGUGGGAGGCUUGGUCAAAACCAUAUAUUAAAGAGAUAGUGAGUUCUGUAAGAAAAAGUUGUCCAGGAAUACCGUUGGUCCUCUACAUUAACGGUAAUGGUGGACUCCUUGAACGCAUGAAAGAAACUGGAGUUGAUGUCAUUGGCCUUGACUGGACUGUGGACAUGGCAGAUGGAAGAAAACGACUGGGUAAUGAAAUUAGUGUUCAAGGAAAUGUUGACCCAGCUUUUCUCUUUUCUCCUCUUCCGGCCAUAACUGAAGAAAUUGAAAGGGUUGUGAGGUGUGCUGGUCCUAGUGGGCAUAUUCUUAAUCUUGGCCAUGGCGUGCUUGUUGGAACACCAGAAGAGGCAGUGGGUCAUUUCUUUGAUGUGGUGAAAGACCUCAAGUAUGAACCUCUACAUGAAAAUAGCAGCGUAGAGGCAUUGGAGCCGGUUGCUUAAGGAGUUUCAUAAAGUAAUGUCUUCUACUGGAAUCAAUCAAGAUUGAUGGACCUCCACACGAUUGCCAGAAUCUUCAUUUUUUAGAUUCAGUUCGGCUUCAUGGGAGCAUAAGAAUUUUGCCUCUGAUACAAAACGUGCAACUUUCUCUGGUUCUCCAGUAAAUUGUUUGUCCGUUGUGGCAGUAGGGAGCUCCCAUCCUAUUUCCAGUGAGGGCAUUUGCCAGCCUUUGUAAUAUUUUGUGUUCUUUGUAUGUCUGUUCUGUAUUCUGUAACAAUUGGAAGGAGGGUGGAAAUGUGUGUGUGUGUGUGUGAACAAGAUAGGCAUUGCCGGCGGGAGACACGUCCGAUUGUUCCUGACAUUGGAAGUGAUUAUAGGUCACUUGCGCACAGGAAUAAGCUUUUAUAUUAUGUUUCCCUUUCUCAA